GCGUGGGGGUAGUUGUUUAAUAUCAGGACCGAGCACAGUGUGCUAAUACCAUCACAACACAGCAAGUAAUUGGAUACAGCGGCUCUGCAGUUAGAGUGAACAACCCAAAACUAGUGAGAUAUAGCCUUUCUUGAAGGUGCAGCGGGCCGUUGCACGAAAGGUUAAUCUGAAACACAACCAGCUAUUUAGUUAAACAGCUUUUUCAGACCAACAUCAGUCUUAGUCACACAUUCUAAGGAUUUAUCUGUGAGGUGUACGGAAAACAUGAAAAGCGAUAUGGAUGACCAGAGUGGCGAGCACACUGCUCUGCAACAGCCUGCUGUAAUGCACCGAACAAAGAGACAAAGAUGCUUGGCAAUGGUGAAAAGCAACUUGCUCCUAAUUCUUCUUUUAUCAGGAAUGGCUUUAGGUAUAAUUUUGGGGGUAUGUAUGAGAGAAGUAAGGCCAAAAUUUACCCGGGAUCAAAUACGAUAUUUCCGACUACCAGGAGACCUGUUGCUCAGAAUGCUCAAGAUGUUAAUUCUUCCCCUGAUCGUGUCUAGUCUGGUGACGGGCCUCGCUGCCCUGGACGCAAAGUCCUCUGGAAAAAUGGGUCUGAGGGCUGUGGUCUACUACAUGGCCACGACACUCAUUGCUGUCAUCAUCGGCAUCAUUCUUGUUGUAUCCAUACGCCCAGGAAAACUCGACGUGAGUGGGACAAACCAGACCGUCGUGUCCAAACCCAGCGAGAUCAGUGCUGCAGAUACGGCUAUAGAUCUUAUUUUCAAAAUGUUUCCUGAUAAUCUAAUAGAGGCUACAUUUAGACAAACUAAAACCUAUUAUGAUCCCAUAUAUGAGGAAUUGGAAAAUGGAACAAAGAUAUUAGUCGAAAAGAGAUCCCGCGUUGGUAAACAAGAGGGGAUGAACAUCCUAGGUAUACUCGUUUUUACUAUAGCCCUUGGCAUCGUUCUUAGCAAGCUUGGGGAAAGGGGUCGUACUAUCGUUCAGUUUUUUGACGGACUGAACGAGGCGACCAUGAUACUCGUCAACAUGGUAAUAUGGUAUUCACCAGUUGGUGUAAUGUUUCUGAUAGCAGCUAAACUGAUAGAGAUGGAUGACAUUGGAGAAACAGUUCGACAAGUGGGCAUGUACACUCUAACUGUAUUAACUGGACUUUUUAUACAUGGCUUUAUUGUGCUACCUUUACUCUAUUUUCUUUUGGUACGCAAGAACCCAUUCAGAUUUAUAUAUGGAGUGUUGCAAGCUAUCAUCACAGCAUUCGGUACUGCGUCAAGUUCAGCGACUCUUCCAGUGACAUUUAGAUGUCUUGAAGAAAUAAAUGGCGUGGACAAGAGGGUGACACGCUUUGUUCUACCGAUAGGCGCCACUAUUAAUAUGGACGGUACCGCACUUUAUGAGGCAGUGGCCGCCAUCUUUAUUGGUCAGAUCAAUGGCUAUGACCUAAACAUAGGCCAAGUUAUAACUACUAGUUUGACUGCAACAUUGACAUCAAUAGGUGCUGCUGGGAUACCACAGGCAUCCCUUGUCAUGAUCCCCAUUGUACUGACCGCAGUCAACCUACCAGCAGACGAUAUAGCUAUUAUACUCACCGUCGAUUGGUUAUUGGAUCGUUUCCGUACGGCUAUUAAUGUGCUCGGCGAUUCCAUAGGGGCAGGAGUUGUGGCUAAACUAUCCGAGGCCGAACUCAGGGCUGCUGAUCUGGAGCAUGCAAAGGAAAUAGAUAGCAAAGGUCCACCAGGCUAUAGCCAUGUAAAUGACGUUGAAGCAACUGGUGCUGGUGAAAACGCAAUGACUCCAUUAUAGGGACAACUUAAUCAACAUUGAACGCUUCCACAGUUUUCAUAGACAACUGAUAGCUCAAUGGUGACAAUGUGUAAUUUCAGAACUCUGAAUACUAUCAAAUGAUAACUUUUGAAUAAGCAGAUUUGACAUAAAUAAGAUUGUCUUGGGGCUUAAUCCAAAGUUAUCAUAAGCAUAUAGGGCCAAGGGAAAGGAGUUUUAAGUUCGAUAUAGAUGAUCAUUCUAUAUUGUGCUUACUAUUACUUUCCCCUCAGCCUAUGAUAAUAAACCUGGAGACUUUUAAGGUCAUUGUUGUUAAAGAUGUGAACGUGUGCGCAAUGGUGGUCCCCUGGGCAUGACUCGCCUGAUUGAAAAUGAAGGUAUAAGGGAAAUAGGUAAUUAGGUCCCUGUAUAAACCAAUUAGAGAGAGGCGAUUAUCCCUUUGGGUCGUAAUAUUACACGUUCAGGUUCUCCCAUAACUUGACCUCUCCCUGUUAAGAGAAUAGACGUUACAGAAGCCUUUUAUUUUGUCAUCACAGGAGAUUUUGUUAUUUAAAAAAAAUUAUAUUGCAUUCAAAAUUAAAGUCAAUAGCUAUAUGUAUUGUUGUUUUGAUAACAACUAUAUGCAUACUUUUUCAGUUUCUGAAUGCCAUCAGAUACAUCAUGUACGAGUGCUAUAUUUUUUAACUGAACAUGUUAUACAUGUUUAUCAAAUAGUAAUAAACUAGUAUUGAGUACAAUCAGGACACACUUGGUUAAUCUACGCGUAGCUACAUUAAAUACUCCUAAAUUACGUACAUUAACGGGUUAAUUGCAUGGCUGUAUAUCCAGGAAGGAGUAUGCAUUUUGGUGAACAGCAAAAUAUUAUCUUUACAAGUGUGCUAACCUGGGUCAGGGUAUUAUCAUUUUCAUAAAUUUCUCAGCAUCAGAAGAACUAUGAGUAUUUAGUUUUGGUUUGCUAUUAUUUUGCUCUGCUGUGAACAUAUUGCAAAUGCACUUAUUACCUCAUGCUAACAUUAGAAGUACUAUGCAGGGCUAGCUUGUCACCAAAUAUCAUCAAAAUUCACCUCGAUAUACUUUUGAGCGAACUGUGUGGAAUCUUUGCAUCAGUUCUGUAGGAAAAUAACAACAAACAUAAUUUUAUACAAUAAAUUUUUUAUUUACAGUCCUCUUUCAUCAACGUAUUAUUAUCUAGAUCAGCUGUAAAUAAUAUUGUAAACAUUUAGAUUUGUGUACAUAUGUAUUGUAUAUGUUUAGCUAGAUGCAUUAUAUUAAUUACCGUAUAUAAAUAUUUACAUGUACAGUUCCAUUAAUUAAUAAAUGCAUCUGUAAAACCAUGUCACAAAAAUGCACUUGUAAAUCACGUCACAGAAAUGCACCUGUAAACCACGUCACAAUAAAUACAAUGGUGAAGAACGAGUCGAGAGUAAACGUAUUACUAUUACAUCGUUUACUAAUCACUUAAAUAACUAUAUUUCUGACUUAUUUGUGAAAAUAUUAACAGACAACUGAGAAGGUAUAACAUCCUACCUAAAUACAGAUGGUGAAUCAUAAGUGAUGUUAUAUAUUCUCAUUAGUAGUUAUACAUAUGUAAAUAAUGGCCCAUACUUAGCAUAAGAGCAAUGAUUUGAUGAGUGUUCAGCUUGUGUCACAUACAUUAAACGAUGUCACCUUUUAAAUGAAAAACCUCAUUAUUGAACUAUCAAAUGUGCACAUAUGGAGAAUGGCGUAUUCUAGUUUUGAAGAUAACACACCUCUCUUUAUCCUCACCUAGACUCCCACACUUGUUUUACUUAAUUAAGAUAACAAAUUAGAUGAUAUAUGUAUUAUACAAAGCGUUCAUAAAGUUUUUGCAAACAUCUAACAGGCCUAGACAUUAAGCAAUAACAUAACUUAAGAGAUGUAUUUAUAUAUUCUUUACAUUAUUCUUUAUAACUUUUGUAUUACUUUGCAAUUAGAUAUAUCACGUGAUAAACUGUUACCUCUCAGUUGUUAUGGUUGCUAUUAGUAACCAGUGUCAUAUAUUAAAAUGCAUAUUGUUUCAUUAUUAUAUUAAAACGAAUUCUUAAACGAAGUUAUAGCUUAAUGUUUAAAUCAAAAUUUGGACGAACUUAAUGAACACCUUGUAUAUAUAUGUCAAUGAAUUUUAUUGGUGAUAACUUUCAAGCUGACUUGUGCAUAGUUAACUUGAUUCAUUAUUGUAUAUUUCGAAAUGAACUUAAUAUCAUAUGGAAUAUAGGCAUAAUAGCAUUCUAUACUGUAAAUAGCCCAUAUAUUUUUGAUCUUACAGCUGAUCAAUUACUAACAUAGAACUAUGUCAGUGUUAAUGGUAGUUGGUUACAUAUCACAAUCCACUUUGUUGUUUUCAUCAAUAGUUGAGCAUUCUGUGACCAUGGAAGAAUUCAUAGUAGAUCUGAAAAUAUAAUUAUUGUACAAUAAAAUCUCUAUGAAUCACGUUGAAAGGUAUAUGAUACUGUAGUUGCACAUUGCAUAGCUAAUAUAAGAAUUCAGAUCGAACAUCUGGAUUUUUGCUGUUGCCAGGAUGAAAAUAAUAGAGUAAAUAUCUUGCAUCUAUUGUUUAACCGUGGUGGUCACGUGAUAUGUUUUUGUGGAAAUUGAGUCAGAUAUUCAACUAUUUCAAAGGAUGAAACCCUUGUCAAAUAUGUCAUUAUUUUCAAUCCUGGUAUGACACAAAUUAGUGUUUUGCAGGUGUUAUCAUUUAUGGAAAUGGAUUUUUUACUUUUAGAUUUAAGCUCUUAAGUUUUAAAACCUACGAGAGUAAUGUAAAAUAGAUCGGCUUAUCUUUGAGGCUUGGAACAAUUUUUUAAUGCAAUCAAAAAUUAAAAUUCGACUUCCAAACAACCUUUCAUGACCUUUCAAAGUUCAAAUUCUUUCAAAUUCGAAGGUCAACUCCUUAUUCUUGAGUCUGUACCGACCUAAAUGCAUCAUUAAAGGUCAAUUCCUGAAUCACAGUGCAAAACAUCUAGAUCUGUUAUAUUUUCUUCAUUUUCGCCGACUUAAAUAUAUGGAAUCAUGAGACUGAAAUGAUCAAAUUUCAAUAGCUAAGUUAUCACAUACUCCUCUGUGGCAACAGUAUCAUCUAGAGGUAAUGACGUCACUGUAGUCUUUGCCAGUUCGAUAUCAUUGUCCGUACCCCAACUUAUGUCAAAGCCUGAUUUUCGUGUUCUGUAAUUAAUAGACAGUUUGUAAACUACACAUUCAAUGUAUAGAUAGAUAAACAAGUGUAUUCUAUUAAAAUAAAAUACUAAAACUUAGAUCAGAA